AUGGGAUUGUCCUCCGCAUCGCCGCCGCCACCGCCGCCACCGCCCGAGCGCAUUGCCCGAGGACAUGUGGCUGCCGUCACGGCCGCCGUCCUCAGCCCGUUGCCCUCGCUGCCAUACCUGUUCAGUGGCGAUGCGGCCGGGGCCCUGCGUGCCACCCACAUCCAUACCUACCGAUCCGUGCACCUGACAUCGGUCGGGGAACUGAUGCGGCCGUUGCUUGCAGAUCCCGAGCGCGCGGUCCCAACAAGCUUGAAGAACGUCGACACGAGCCAAAGUCAUGGGCAUUUCGCGGUGCUCGGCAUUGGCUUGGCUGGCUUGCAGUUGGCCAUCCAAACGCGCUUCGGGGAUUUGCUCUUUCUCCAGCUAUCUGACCGGCUGCUGGCCAUUGGAGGCGAUGCGAGCACAGUCGCGUCAGCCGGUGGUCCGCUGAUGCCACUGCUCCCGACCGCCGGGUCUGAGCUGGACUUGCUUCUGCCUGAGCGCCUCCUGGCUGCGGCAUACAUCCUGCCAAAUGUGUCAUCGCUGAGCGGUGGCCUGGCGGCGGCCUCCUUUGCCUGUCCGACGAAUGGGGCAUCUCGCGCCCGAUGCAUCCUGCCCAGUGAUGUCGAUGGCCGCGAGGCUGGACCCACUGGUCGGCCCGAGUCCGAUCGUGUUCUCCAUGUGAAAGUCAUCGAGUGGACUGCCCCAAAUGGCAGGCUCCUUGCCGAGCCGGCCGCUACCUUGCCGGAGCUCGGCCUUCUGGAGCCCCAGCUGGCUGGCGCUCUGACAGUCACGGCUGUGGCCCCCGGCGAGGCGGCCCCACCGGAGGCGGCCCCUCGCCCGGCGGCCAACAUCAGUCCUGCCUUUGCGCAGCUUCUGCAACAUGCGCCUCUCACAUCGCCCAGCGGGCCAGGUUCCAUGCGUCCGAUUGCCCUGGCCCCGAGCGGCCGGGAUCCCGUGCCUCUGCCCGGAGCGCCGGUGGGUCUCAUCGAGGCAGACCUCUUUUUCGAGCUGUCCUCCGGCGCCGGCCCCACGCGUCUGCCCAUGGUGACCAGCACCCUGCUGACACCGCUGCCCGGGGCAUCUGGCCAGCCGGAUUUCCUGGCCCUCGGUCUGGAGGAUGGUCGUAUUUUGGCCGGGUUGCUGCGAUCGAGCGCCGGGGGGCUGAUGGUGUCGGACUUUGUCCUGUCAAAGCGACUACUCCAGGAGCCAGUCUUUGCGAUGGCCUUCUCCACGGACCCGGGGGCUCCCGGCCGUUCGGGCAUCCUCUCGCUGGCUGGCGUCGACAGCGCGGUGGUAUGCCUACCUGUCGGCCUGUCGGCCUGUGGAGAGAGGCUCACGCUAUCUGAGCGAGCUAUUUCCACGCCGCUGCCAUCCGGCGGGGUGGCCGCACUGGCCAGCCUGGAACUGCCCCCCCGUCGUCCGAGCACCGGGCGCGCCGCCAAUGGGGUAUGCCUCGGGGUAGCCUCGUGGGAUGGAUGUCUGCGGCUGCUGCGGGUACAUGCUGGACACUUUACCUGCCGGCCCGUCGAGGGCAGCCCAGGCCUUCCGCCGGCACCGCCCUGCUUGUUGCCCCUCGCGGAGCUCCGCAUGGAGCCAGAGCAGCCCCAGCAGUCACCCCUGUCGUGUCUCUCCUUGUCCGCAUGGAGCGCCCCGGCUUCCCUGGCCAGUCCCGGCCCCUCCGACUUCGGGCUGGAGAUCCCCCUGCCAGGCAGCUUGCGUGGGCCCGGCGCACCGGGCAGCCACAGCGCGCCUGGCGGCCGGAUCCGAGCCGUGGCCGGCGCGCGGAAUGGUACUCUCGGCAUUUGGCGAGUAUGCUAGGUGUGGGUGGGUGCGUGCGUCUAUCGAUCUCUGUCGCCCCUUUUCCCCGUGGAGUGGCUCACACCUAGCUCGAAAGGAAGAAAAAAAAUACAGUAACUAGACAGCUGCACAGAUGGCAACACCCUGUCGAGGGCCACGC